GAGGGAAUGCAAUUUGCAAUAGCCAGCCUUUAGCGAUCACUCUGGGGCACCUGCCGACCCCCCGGAGCAAUAGGCUUACCCUCGGCACGGGAGCUCUGCCAGGGUGGACUUUUCUUCUCACCAUACUCGUGGGAUCAAAAUGACGGAACGUAACUUAAAAAUAAACCUAACCAAACUAAAGACAAAUCUACACAAAACAAGAACGACUUCUGAAACGGCUACUACCGGAACCCCGCCUGGUAACGCGAGCGCAACACCCACCGACUCGCCAUACUAUCCACAGACUCUGAACCCCUUCGAAAGGAGAGACUCGAUUCGCCGAUCUCCGCAAGAAUCAGCAACACACUCUUUGAAAGAUUCGGACUCGGAGUCCGACAUACAUCCGCAAGCCGAACCUAAGAAGAUAGCACCGGGAACAAACGCGCAAGAAAGGGACGGAAAAACGGGAAAAAUCACAGAGACGGAGAAACCAGGAAGAAUGACGCUCGAAUACUUAAGAAAGGAGAGGAAAGGCUUGGAGGAUUUCCUCUUCAACGAAAACAAUAAGAUUAGCAAAAAUGCUAUUAAAUUCAUCCUGUCAAAAUGGAUGACGUUAGAAGGAAAGUUGCAAGAGGAAAUCAUUGAGAGGGAAAAGCUCAUAUUCCACCUUGACCACCAAAAAGCUGCACCUAGGACAUACGCCCAAAUCACUGAAGACCAAUCCCUCCCUGAAAAAAGAAGAAGAGAACAGAGUACAAUUAGAAAUAGCUACUAUACUAAUAACAAUAAAGAAGUAGUAUUAAUAAAGCCAGAGGAUGGCGAUAAGGACGGAAGGACAAACGAAGAAAUAAAAGAACAACUAACAAAUGAACUAAAAUCUGUCAAGAAAAAGCUAAAGAUCCAGGGAAUAAAACAAAUGAGGAGGAAAGGAUUAAUCAUAGAACUAGACAGUAAAGAGGAUAUAAAUCUACUAAAGAAAGUAGACCUAAGUAAGAAAAAAUUAAAACUCGAAGAACCAAAGAAAACUCCUCCCUCGAUAAUUAUUUAUGACACUGAAAACAGUCUCUCAGGAGAAGAAGUCUGUAAUGACUUAAUCAAUAAAAACUUUGAGCAUUUAAAUGAAGAUGAGCUAAACAGAUUGAAAAAUGAAACCUCAAUUAAAUACAGCUAUAAAACCAAAACAAAUAGCACAAAUUGGGUAAUACAAAUGCCGGGAACUCACGCUAGUCUUAUAAUAAAUAAAGGCAGGGCCUAUGUCCAAUGGAGGAGAUAUAGGGUCAAGGAGUACGUAAACGUAGUCAGGUGUUUCAAGUGCCACUUAUACGGACACACCGCAAAAGUCUGCUCGGCCCCAGACCAAAUUUGCGAGACCUGUGGUAGCAAGGAACACCUUAAAAAGGACUGCGAUAAAGGCGCAGAACCGAGCUGCAUAAACUGCACCCGCGCAAGACGUAAAGACAAUAAGCAUAGCGUGCGAAGCAAAGACUGUCCAGAAUAUCUUAAACACGUGAGAGUAUACCACAACAAAGUACAAUGGGACUAAAAAUUGCCCAAAUAAAUGCUCAAAG